AUGACCUAUUGCACGCCCUACCUUCUUCAACUCGGGUUGACAAAGUCGAAAACUUCUUUGGUGUGGAUCGCUGGUCCGCUGUCUGGAUUGAUCAUUCAACCUCUUAUUGGUGUGAUUGCGGAUCGGUCACGGUCUAAAUGGGGUCGACGAAGACCGUUUAUGGUUUUCGGAUCUUUCGUUGUGGCGUUUUGUCUGAUCGUGCUAGGAUGGACAGCGGAGAUUGUGGGGUUAUUUGUUACGGAUCCCGAAAAGGCUAAAAAUAUCACUAUUGCGUUAGCCGUUUCAAGUAUCUAUGCUGUGGACUUCUCUAUCAACGUUGUACAAGCGUGUUGUCGCAGUCUUAUUGUGGAUACAUUACCGAUUCCAUUGCAGCAAGCUGGCUCGGCCUGGGCGGGCCGGAUGUGCGCAAUAGGCCAGCUCAUUAGUUAUGUGAUCGGUUCCAUUGACACGGUCAGCAUUUUUGGAAGUUUCUUUGGAGACACACAAUUCAAGCAGAUGACUGUUAUUGCUGCAAUUUCAUUGAUCGCUGCCGUGGCGGUGACUUCGUACUCUGUGAAGGAGCGCGUUCUAAUCUCAGCAAGGGAUUCGGAAGGGUCAGUCGGUGCCAUCCAAGUAAUUUCACAGCUGUACCAGACCACAAUGGAACUGCCGCCGCGCAUCCAGGCAAUCUGUUGGGCUCAGUUUUGGGCAUGGAUCGGCUGGUUCCCUUUCCUUUUCUAUAGCACCACCUGGGUAGGCGAGACCUACUUCCGAUACGAAGUACCAAAAGAUGAAAUCACCAAGUCAACCGACAUGCUCGGCGAAGUUGGUCGUGUGGGCAGUCUCUCACUCGUCGUCUUCUCAUCCAUCACCUUCUUCAGCUCUGUCCUACUCCCAUUCUGUGUACAGUCACCAGAUAACAAACGCUCCCGCUUUACCCCCCGACCCCCACCAGGCAUGGCCGCUGUCCUUAAAGCCUUUACCGCGAUCCGACCAGACCUGCAAACCGCCUGGUUCAUCUCCCAGCUCAUGUUCGCCGCAACCAUGAUCUUUGCCCCCCUGGCCCACUCCCGCGCCUUUGCCACCAUCCUGGUCGCAAUCUGCGGUAUCCCUUGGGCAAUCAGCGCCUGGGCCCCCUUCGCUUUUAUGGGUGUAGAAAUCAACAAACUCACCAUGAACGGCGCCUCAGCACCGGGUAUCGCGGCCUCAUCCACCCGCGCCGGCGUGACAAUGAUCACAUCCGCCAGUCUUCGUGCCUCAGCAGCAGACACAGAGCUGGAAGUCCUCCGCCUUAAUCACCGAGACACAGACAGUGACACGGACGAGGAGGACCCUUCGUCUCUUCACUCGAAUAUUCCGUCCACGGGCGAGCUAACGGGUAUCUAUCUCGGUGUACUGAACGUGUACACUACCCUCCCACAAUUUGUUGGAACCUUCAUCAGCUGGAUUGUCUUUACGGUCCUUGAGCCUGGCGCAACGGAGCCUCCGAAGGAUGGUGAUGCGUCGGAUACGCAUUGGAUGAAUCUUGAUCAGGACAAGCCCAACGCCAUUGCCAUUUGUCUUUUUAUUGGGGCGCUGAGCGCCCUUGUCGCUGCAGAGGCGACGAGACGUUUACGAUACGUGUUGUAA